AUGAGGGCUUUCAGAGUGAAGGUGUGCCAGCCGUCCAGGUUUGGGGCAUUAUUGCUGCUGCUGCUGCUGCUGGUGCUGCUCUGUGCUCCUCGAACCUGCGCCCAGGACGACUACUCAGGCUACCACUCAGGGGAUGGACAUGAGUACGAGGGGUCCAUGGUGGACGCCUAUGAAGAGCCCUCUGGGUACCGUCCUACAGAUGAGUACCCCCCAGAGCCCACAGUCGGGUACGAGGAGCAAACCGCUUCGGCCUACGACCCCUAUGACCCCUAUGACUCGUACGCGCCCUCCCCAUCCGUGGUCUCCAUGGUUACGGAGGAUGCAUACCCGUACACCCCCACCACCACUGAGUCCUACGACUACGUCAAGGAGGUUACCACGGUGACCACCCAGGUGCCCUAUUACGAGGAUAUGUUCUCGCAGCCAGAGGGGGGCGCCGCUCUGGGGGAGCAAGAGGGCCCCACUGACUGCGACUGCCUUUCUGGGGAGCCUGGAUUCGCUGGAUUUGCUGGGCCCAAGGGAGCCAGAGGGGAACAGGGCAAACCUGGACUGCCUGGGCUGCAGGGACGCCAGGGCUACAAAGGAUCCAGAGGAGCGCCUGGGAGACGGGGUGACCCCGGCCCUGAGGGUGACCUGGGGCCCGAUGGCGCCGAGGGCCCGUCCGGUUUUUCUGGAGCCCUGGGGGACCCAGGCCUGCCCGGGGACCGGGGGGACACGGGAGACUUGGGUGCGAAGGGUGACGCCGGACUGGAGGGACCGCAGGGCGGCGUCGGCGUCAAAGGCGAGAGAGGUCUAGAGGGGUCCACAGGCCGAGUGGGCACCACCGGUGCUACAGGUGAAAAGGGGUCCAGGGGGCGACCCGGGAAUGAAGGAGUGCAGGGGGGACCUGGAGAGAAGGGCCAGAUUGGGGCCCCUGGGUUCUCAGGGGACAUUGGAGAGCAGGGCUACCUGGGGUUUCCUGGAGUCCCGGGCACCAGAGGAGAGCCAGGUCUGAAGGGUGACCAGGGUGUGAGCGGAGUUCCCGGGAUCGACGGGGAACCAGGCGAGGAUGGUCCAAUAGGUGUCCCAGGGCUGGCCGGUGAACCUGGACCUUUCGGUGUGAAAGGGGACAAAGGGGACCGAGGACCACAGGGGCCCCCCGGGCGACAGGGUGCUCAGGGGACUCCAGGGGAAAGGGGGGACCCUGGUCUGCCUGGGAAACCUGGACCCCAAGGCCUCCAAGGCCCACAGGGAGCCAAGGGAGAAGCGGGAGCUCAGGGUGACAAGGGAGCCAAGGGGAGGCCGGGCAUAAAGGGGGUCCAAGGAGACGAGGGCAGUACUGGCUCCCACGGUGAUAAAGGACAGCGUGGUGAGAGGGGUUCUCCUGGCCCAGAUGGAACCCCGGGACGGGUUGGACCCCCCGGACUGCCAGGACCCCGCGGUGACCCCGGUGCGGCCGGAGACGCUGGCGUUCGAGGGAGAGCGGGACCCAAAGGGCUCCCGGGGUCACCUGGUCCCGGGCUCACGGAUGAGCAGGUGCUGGAGCUUUGCCGAGGGGUGGUGACCGCGCAGAUCUCCCAGUACGCCGCUUCCAUCCGUGCCAAGUGCGUACAGGGCUGUCCCAUCAACAACCGUACCCUCAUUGGGCCCCCGGGGGCCCGAGGCCUGCCUGGGGAUCGAGGGAGACUCGGCGAGCCUGGGAAGGCAGGGUCCAAGGGCGCCAGGGGACCUCGGGGGGUGCCGGGCCUGGAAGGGCAGAAGGGCGUGCAAGGAGACAGAGGACUCAAGGGCAGCAAAGGGCAGCGAGGAGACCCUGGCGAGGGUUUGCCGGGACUUGAUGGAUACCAGGGUCUGAGAGGGCUCCCAGGACACCCUGCAGAGCCGAGGAACGGAGCCGAUGGUCCCCAAGGCCCCCGUGGGCACCCAGGGCCCGUGGGUCAGCCAGGCCUGGUGGGCCCCCUCGGGGUCCCGGGUACGUGUGAGGUCCGGGACUGCGGCAUCCACGCGCCUGUGAUGAGGAAGGAGCAGGGACUGGUGAAGGGGCCCCUGAGCUCCAACAUCUAA